GAUUGAAGGCCUGAGGGUGGGGCGAUCCGGCACGGCCUGCCCCUCGGGCGCGCGUUGAUUGGGGCGCUCGGGAGGGCGCCGCCUCUGGGGAAGGAGGCUCCCCCACCGCCGCAGAAAUGAGUUUUAGCCGCCUCUACCGCCUGGUGAAGCCAGCUCUGCUGUGCGCAGCCCUGGCGGCCCCGGGCCUUUCCAGCAGCAUGUGCGCUUCCCGCAAUGAUUGGAGAUGUGCCAGGUCAAUGCAUGACUUUUCUGCUAAGGACAUUGAUGGUCGCAUAGUGUCCUUGGAUAAGUACAGGGGCUAUGUCUGCAUCGUCACCAACGUAGCCUCACAAUGAGGCAAGACGGAUGUAAACUACACUCAGCUUGUCGACCUGCACGCCAGAUAUGCUGAGCAUGGUUUACGGAUUUUAGCUUUCCCCUGCAACCAGUUUGGGAGGCAGGAGCCAGGGAGUAAUGCAGAAAUCCGAGAAUUCGCUGCCGGCUACAAUGUCAAGUUUGAUAUGUACAGCAAAAUAUGUGUCAACGGUGACGAUGCCCACCCCCUAUGGAAAUGGAUGAAAAUCCAACCCAGAGGGAAGGGCAUUUUGGGCAACGCAAUAAAGUGGAACUUCACCAAGUUUCUUAUUGACAAAGACGGCUGUGUGGUGAAGCGGUACGGUCCCAUGGAAGAGCCCCUGGUGAUUGAGAAGGACCUGCCUUGCUACCUCUAGUUCCCCUUCCCUUCCUGCACCUGUCUCCCCCUUCCUCGGAGUCUUCCACCGGCACCAAUGACGGUCUGCCUUCAAACCAGGCCCCUGGUGGGGUAGACCCGACAACCUGGCGUGCAUCUCAGCUGGAAGAAGACCCUGGGGGCCUGUGGCGACAGCCUGCAGCCUCGAGCCCCUGGCUCAUUCAUUGGAAUAAAAGGUUAAAAAUAA